GAGGAGCCGGGUGGAGGCGGGACGCGCUGUUGGGCUCGGUGCUCGCGGAAGAUCGCGACCCGGAACUGGCCGCCCGGCCCUCGGCGACCAGGACGCGGCCCGGACGCGCGGCCCCGAGCUAGGCUCCGAGCCCGGGGGUCAUUUCUAGCUCAUUCCUGUCACUGCGUGAAAGGGCCCGAGGGCCACGGCGCUCUGUUGCGAUGGACUUUCAGCGGACACAGUCCUGAUGGCAUUGACUUCCGGCGCGCGUGCACUCGCUCCAGCCUCGUAGUGGCCCGUGUGCCCCCUGCUGCCCUCUGUUGCCCUCUCCCGACUGCUCGGUGCGGCCAGGAUCCACAGCAGAGCAAGGUCCUGCCCUGCCUGCCCCUCGAGCGCUUCCUCUCUCGCUGCCACUUUACGUCUCGCUCUGCCUCUGGAGCUCGGAACACUCCUGGAUUCGGAGCCAGGGUUCUGCAUUCUCUCCUAGACUUUCUGGGUGUUGUGCUUAUGGUCAGGACUUGCAGCAUAAUGCUUUCACUCAGCCCACUUAGGAAACCUUGGAGGAGCAGGAGCCCCACCUGUGAGCAGAGGCCCUCUGAGCCCAGGACCGAGGACAGCAUGGCCACGGCAGCGCCGCUGCGCAGCCUGGAGGAGGAGGUGACCUGCUCCAUCUGCCUGGAUUACCUGCGGGACCCUGUGACCAUCGACUGUGGCCACGUCUUCUGCCGCAGCUGCACCGCCGACAUCUGCCCCGCCUCGGGGGCCCGCCCCGUCUGCCCCCUCUGCAAGAAGCCUUUUAAGAAGGAGAACAUCCGCCCCGUGUGGCAGCUGGCCAGCCUGGUGGAGAACAUUGAACGGCUGAAGGUGGACAAGGGCAGGCAGCUGGGGGACGCAGCCCGGGAGCAGCAGGACGCGAGGCUGUGCGAGCGGCACCAGGAGAAGCUGCACUAUUACUGCGAGGAUGAUGGGCAGCUCCUGUGCGUGCUGUGCCGGGAGUCCCGGGAGCACAAGCCCCACACGGCCGUGCUGCUGGAGAAGGCCGCCCAGCCCCACAGGGAAAAAAUCCUGAACCACCUGAGUAUUCUAAGGAGAGACAGAGACAAAAUUCAGGGCUGUCAGGCGAAGGGAGAAGCUGAUAUCCUGGCUGCGCUGCAGAAGCUCCGGGAGCAGAGGCAGCACGUCGUGGCCGAGUUUGCGCAGGGCCACCAGUUCCUGAGGGAGCGGGAGCAGCACCUGCUGGACCAGCUGGCCAGGCUGGAGCAGGAGCUCGCCGAGGGCAGGGAGAAGUGCCAGGCCAGGGGCAGCGGGGAGCUGGCCCGGCUGGCGCUGGUCAUCUCUGAGCUGGAGGGCAAGGCCCAGCAGCCGGCCGCAGAGCUCAUGCAGGACACCAGGGACUUCCUGAACAGUUUUGCUCGGGAAACCAUUGUUCGGGUGGUUAAGAAAAGGACAGAGAGUUCUUCGGAUAAACUCGUGUCUCUGCAGCGAGGCCUGCGGGAAUUUCCAGGGUAAGGGAAGCUGCUAAGAGACUUGGAAUAUAAGACGGUGAGUGUCACCUUGGACCCGCAGUCGGCCAGCAGGUCCCUGCUGCUGUCGGAGGACUGCAAGUGCGUGACCUACAACAGCGACCUGUACCACUGCGCCUACCUGCACCCCCAGCAGUUCGACUGUGAGCCGGGGGUGCUGGGCAGCAAGGGCUUCACCUGGGGCAAGGUCUACUGGGAAGUGGAGGUGGAGAGGGAGGGCUGGUCCGAGGAUGAAGAGGACGGGGACGAGGAGGAAGAGGGGGAAGAGGAGGAGGAAGAGGAGGCGGGCUACGGAGAUGGAUACGACAACUGGGAAACAGAUGAGGACGAGGAAUCAUUGGGGGACGAAGAGGAAGAAGAGGAGGAGGAAGAAGAGGAGGAAGUUCUGGAAAGCUGCAUGGUGGGCGUGGCCAGAGACUCUGUGAAGAGGAAGGGAGACCUCUCCCUGCGGCCGGAGGACGGGGUGUGGGCGCUGCGCCUCUCCUCCGCGGGCAUCUGGGCCAACACGGACCCUGAGGCCGAGCUCUUCCCGGCAGCGCGGCCCCGGAGAGUGGGCAUCGCCCUGGAUUACGAAGGGGGCGCCGUGACUUUCACCAAUGCCGAGUCGCAGGAGCUGCUUCACACCUUCACGGCCACCUUCACGCGGCGCCUGGUCCCCUUCCUGUGGCUCAAGUGGCCUGGAACACGCCUCCUGCUGAGACCCUGAGCCGCCGCUGCCUGCCCUGGCCCCCACCCCACGGGUCUCCUCUGGAAUUCCAGGACUGGAGGGGGAAGGGGAUGCCUGGCCCAGCACCUGAAGGAGGGAGAGGAGGGACCCCACGGCCGCUGCUGCUCCACCCACACUGCAGGGCGCCUCUUCCCCGCCUCUGGGGGUCCUGUGCACACUUCCAACCUGGCUCCUCCCCUCCCUCCCGCGGCCUCUGACCCAGCCCUGCACUGUCUUUGCUGAGUAAGAGGCCAGGCAGCGCUUUCUUGCCCAGCGUAGCAUUCCGUGCCACAUGUCCUUGGGAAAGACCAGUGGACUGUUCCACCCCGGCCACUCCUGUCCCCCGAUCCCAUAGCUUCCCCUCACCCCGUCCACUCUGCUGCCUUCCCUGCCACUUCACAGAGCUGCCCCGACGCAGAGGGAAACAUCUAGGAAAAGGCUGCAAACGCACGGAAGGAGAGGCAGCGAGGCCUCCCUGGCAUUGGACCCUGGCGCCUGGCGUCCAGCGGAGGUCUCCGGUGUCGAGGGCAGAGACCACGCUCUUCGGAGACCAGGGCUGUGCGUGUGCGGUCCAGAUGGUGUAGGUGGGGCUCCUGCAGCCACGGGUCUCGGGGAUGGUCUCCAUACCUUGGCUUUGGGAUGACACUGUGACCAGUGAUCAGUAAGUGACCUCAUGGGUUGGUCCUUGUGAGGAGAGUUUUUUUAAACACCCAGGAUAUCUUGCUCUUUGUGGUCCAUCUGAAAGCACAGGGCGAAUAUCCGCCCGAGCAGAACCUCCCCUGCUGCAGGGCUGGGCCAGCUUCUCCAGUGGGGCACUCGGCUCCUGCUCCGCCCCUCAUCCUCCGGGCACGGGCUGGGGAGAGGCAGGCAGUGGGCGUCCACAGGCCCACGGGCCUUUAUGUCACGAGAGGAAUUAAAGCAAAUCUGCCCACAGGCCCAACCCAGGUCCCAGCCUGUGUCCAGGCCCCAUAGUACCCACAGGGUAGGGUAGCACAGCUCCCUGCUCCAGCCAGAUCGCCUCGCAGCGUGCCCUUCCAUGGCGGGCACUCUGCCUGCCCUGCCCUGAGCGGCUGCUCCCCGCCGCUGGACACUGCUCCCUUCGCCAGCACACCCUCCACGCCACAUGCUGCCUCCGUGACGCACAUCCGACUUCUGUCUAGUUCUGUAAGCUCUUUGAGGGCGGGUACCAUAACUUGUAUUUCUCUUGUAUUCUCCAUGGCACCUAGUUCAGUGCUGCGCAGAGUAGGUGCUCAAUAAAACCUUGUUGGACAGCCUGGA